GGAACCUAUAGCUGCUGAGACGGCCCCAACGGCUCCUUAUAUAAGACAACAAGCAGCAGUGAAACUUACAAUGAUGGAGUCACUGGCAUCACUGGUCUCCAUUCCCACCACAGUGAUUGGGGUUGUUUUCCUCCUGCUUGUUUUCUAUCUCUCCUCUGCCUCUAAAGACCUGUGGAAGGAUCCUCCAGGACCCAGGCCUCUGCCUCUCCUUGGAAACCUGCUGCAACUUGAUCCCAGGAGACCCUACAAAGCUCUCUGUGAGCUCUCCAAGUCAUAUGGACCCGUCUUUACGGUGUACUUUGGGAUCCAGAAGGUGGUGGUUCUGGCCGGGUACAAGGCUGUCAAAGAAGCUCUGAUCAACAAUGCAGAAGAAUUUGGAGAUCGGGACAUCUCACCCAUAUUUCAGGAUAUGAAUAAAGGGCAUGGAAUUCUGUUUGCAAAUGGAGAAUCGUGGAAGGAAAUGAGACGUUUUGCCCUGAGCACUCUCAGAGACUUUGGGAUGGGCAAAAGAAUAGCAGAAGAAAAAAUCUUGGAAGAGUGUGACUACCUGAUUCAAGGACUGGAAAAACAAGAAGGGAACCCAGUUGACAUGGCUAAGCCUCUAAAUUACGCAACAUCAAACAUAAUUUCUUCUAUUGUGUAUGGAAGCAGAUUUGACUACGAUGAUCCCAGAUUCAGGAAUAUGGUGAGACGAGCCAACGAGACAAUACGGUUCACUGGAUAUCCACUUAUUCACCUUUACAACAUGUUUCCUCGGUUUUUCAAAUGGACAAAGUACAGAAAAAUCAUAUUAAAAAAUGUAGAGAUGACUAUCCGAGAUGUGAAAGAUUUAGUCAAGCAUUUGAAAGAGACACUGAACCCGUCCGUCUGCAGGGGAUUUGUGGACUGCUAUUUAAUCAAGAAGAAGAAAGAAGAGGAUUCUUGUGUCAAGGAAACGCAUUUCAAUGAGCAGAACCUGUUUAUUUCUGUGAGCAACCUGUUUGCUGCGGGAACGGACACCACAGCUACAACACUGAGAUGGGCUUUGCUGUUGAUGGCCAAAUACCCACACAUUCAGGACAAGGUCCAUGAGGAGCUGGCUAAGGUGGUAGGAGGCCGUCAGGUGCGCGUAGAUGACCGUAAAAACCUGCCGUACUCUGACGCCGUCAUCCAUGAAGUACAGAGGCUGGCAAGCAUCGUCCCCAUGUCUAUCCCCCACAAAACCAACCGGGAUGUCACCUUCCACGGGUACUUCAUCAAAAAGGGAACUACUGUGAUUCCUCUUCUUACUUCUGUUCUGUAUGAUGAGAACGAAUGGGAGAGCCCCACUACUUUCAACCCUCAUCAUUUCCUCAGCAAGGAGGGUAAAUUCGUCAAGAGAGAUGCCUUCUUGCCCUUUUCUGCAGGACGCAGGGCGUGUCUUGGUGAGAGUCUGGCGAAGAUGGAGCUCUUCCUCUUUUUUACCUCCCUCCUUCAGCGUUUUCAUUUCACCCCUCCACCCGGCGUUUCAGAGGAAGAGCUGGACCUGACGCCGGCGCUGGGCUUUGUCAUCCCUCCUGCACCCCAUGAACUGUGUGCUGUCAGUCUGCAGUGAGCGUUUGUGGUUUGACUGCGCACCAUUUUCCAAUCUUUCCAACUAUGAAAAGUAAACUAAGAAGGUCCAAGAAAGACCAGUUAUUUCCAUUAGUUACUAAUAAAAGUCAGGAGUGAUGUAAAUAAGAUUUUAAUGUGCAUGCAAACAUGUUUUAGGAAUUUAAUGCAACUAUUUUAGCGUUUUUUAGUAUAUUUUACAUCAUACAAUUACAGAAUAAAAUAAUGUUUUUUUACGUUCUCGAAUCUUGCAGGUGAAAUUGCAAUUAAAUUCAAAAGGAAGUGGAAACAUACACUUUAAAUAUGCUAAUUACUAUUUUUAAAUACAUGUGCGAAAUGUGGAAACGUUAAUUUGGUCAGAACAUUUUUUCCACCUCCAGUUUUCUGUUUUCAGUACAUUCUGUCCUCCUGAGACAAAAGGUGUCUUUGUUAUAGGGAAAUUAAAGCAGAUUUGGUACAUACAAGACGAAAAGCUGCUUUGUCAUUUUUUAAAUCUCUUUAAAUGGAUGCAAGAUCGGGUUUAAAGUGCUGAAAAGUGGGCGCUUAAUCCCAUAAUGACAUCUGGCAGAUGUGAGCGCUGUGUUCUGCUGAAAUGUGCGUCCUUCUCAGGUUUAUGUGAAUGAAAUCUGCUGAAACUUUGAUCAAAUAAAAUGUGUGAAACUGUCUGGAGACACAGGAAUUGUUACCACACAGAUACACAUGUUUUGGUCUUGUUAGAUGUUAGAUUUUUUUAAAUGAAUAUUUCCAAUUUAAUUGGUGUCACUGCUUGCCCAUUACAAAGUAGUGCUGGUUUGGACAAAUGUGUGUUAUUUGUUGUGCAAAAUAAGAAACAAGUUGUCUAUUAUGACUGUGUUCAAGCUGGAAAAUAAAUGGGGGUGUAUUUA